AUGGAUUGUAACUUUUUUGAAGAAGAUGGUUCAUCAAGUAUGAACCAAACAAAUGGAAUAUCAAAAGAAAAUGUAAGUGAGAAAGUUUAUUCAGAAGAUGAUAAAAAUACAUCUUGUUAUGUUAGCUAUUCAUCUCAUAGUGAUGAUAGUUAUUUAGAUGUUGAAUAUGAAAAUGUUCAUAAAUCUAGAGAUAUAGAAAAUCAUAUAAAUGAUAAUAAUAAAAAUAUGGAUAAUUAUAAUUUAGGUUAUUGUAACUUUAAUGAUGUUAUGAUAGAUAAAAAUAUUGAAUGUAUUAAUAAAAAAGAAUUGAAUUGUUUAAAAUUAAAAAAAAAUAUAUUAAAUCGAAGUGAAAAUUAUAAUAAUGAUAUAGUAUCAACAGAAUAUUCAGACAAUCAUACUUUAUAUAAAAAUUGUUCAGGUACUGAUGAUAAAAAUUAUAGUAAUAAUAACGAUGAUAAAAUUAGUAAUGAUAAUAAGUGUGAUAAAUUUGUUGAUGAUAUGGAUAAUAAUCCAAAUAAUCAUGUAUCUAAUAAUGGGGAUCCUAAAAAAUGUGAGAAUCUCUCACCUGAUAAUGAUACAUCUAAUUCUAUACAUAAGAAUAAUAAUACUAAUAUUAAUGAAAAAAAAAAUGGAGAGAAGAAAUUCAUAGAAGGUCAUUUUCUGAGUGUUAUUAAUAAAUUUAAAAGAAGUUUAAAAGAAAAUGUUAUUGGGAAAAAAAUAUGGAAUAAUAAUAAUUCGGAUAUUACUACUAUAGAGCCUCAUACGUUACAAAACGAGGACAACAUCACCGACAAUAAUAAGAAUAAUAAGAAAAGUGAUAAUAAUAAUGAUAAAAAGAAUGAUGAUGAUGAUAAUAAUAAUAAUAAUAAUAACAGCCACAAUAACAACAAUAAUAAUAAUAAUAAUCAUAUGUGUACUUCCAACAAUCAACAAAAUACAAUAAAUAAACAAAACAAUUUACCAAGUCAUACAAUAAAUGAUCAAAACGGUCGAACCAAAGUAACCCCUCAAAAUGUAAAUCAAAAAGAGAAGGAAAUAAAAAAUGAGUUCAUGAAAAACAAUAUGAAAAAUGUAGUGAAAGAAAAAAACAAUUUCAAGAGAGAAGAAAAAGAUAUAACAAAUUCUGAUGAUUAUGAUGAAAAUAGCACAGAUGAAAGUUGUUCUUAUAAUCCUAAUAUUACAAGUUCUGAAAAUUCCGAAGAAGAUUGUUAUGAACCUUCUUCAGAUGAUAAACCUAGUAAUAAUACGUCUGAUCAUAUCAAUAUAAAUGACAUUAGGAACGAUGUUCCUUCUAAUGACAAUGUUUCAAGCUUGAAUGUGAAAAGUGCAGAAAAUUGUAAUAAGGAGAAAAAGAAAAAGAAAAAAAAAAAGAAAAAAGAACUUAAUAAUGAUAAUAAAGACAAUACAUUAAAUAAUGAAACUAUGAAUGAUAUAAAUAUGAAUAAUAAAAAUGAUAACACUUGUUUUACCAUACAAGAAUCAAAUAAAAAUGGUAAGAAUCAAAAUUUUUUAAUUUUAGUAAAUGAAAAUGAAAUGCAAACCCCUAGGAUUAAUGUACCCAAAAUAGAAAUAAUAAAAGAUGAGGAACCUAAUAGAUUUUUUGAUAAUAAUGUUUUGAAAAAUAAAAAUAUAAAUGAUCAUGAUAAUGAUAAUGACGAUAUUGAUUUUAUUAAAAUGAUCAAAGAUAAAAUGAAAAAAAGUAUAUAUAAUAAUAAGGAUAAUAAAUGUAUUUCAAAAAAAAGCAAUAUCAACAAAAUAGAGAACCCCGUUAAUAGUAAUAAUAAUAAUGAUACCAAUAUUUUUAGUAAUUUAUCAGAACAAAAUAUACUAAAAAAGGAAAGUAAUGUAUGUGAGUCUUAUGAAGGAAGAAAAGAAUCGAAUAAUACAAUACAUAAAAUACAUUGUUCAAAAGGAAAAAAAAACAUAAUGAAUUUAAAUAAUUCUAGUAACACAAGUAGUAAUUUUUUAUCUCAACAUACUCUUGAUGAUAUUAAUAAAAAAUAUAAUGUAUUAAGUGAUGUGAAUUUGUUAAAAUUAAUAGCUCAUUGUUCAAAAAGCAAAAAUGGAGAGUUUCCUAGUAUGGAUGAUAAGAUUAUUGAGGAUUUUAUAAAUAUGAAAAAGAAUAGUAUAAAAAAUGAAAUAAAAAAACAUAUUAUAUAUAUAUGUGCUAAAUGUAGAUUAGAAAUGAAAUUAUCUAAUAGUCCAUAUUUAUGUUUUGAAUGUUUUAUUAAUGAAAUGAAUGCACGUACAGGUAAAACUGCACGUAUGGCCAAUGGAACUGAUUUUAAUAUUAAAGAUGUAAAAGUUAUAAAUUCAUACAUUUCUAAAUUUUUUGUUGAGGUAGAUAAAUUAAAAAAUAAAUUUGAAAUGGAUGAUGAAGAAAUAACGUUAAUGUUUAGUGAAAUGAGAAAAAGUACCUUAUGGAAUUCAGAAAAAAAUAUGUGUAAAUUAUUUUUUGAUAUUUUUAAAAAUUAUGAUUUAAUUGAUAGUAAUAGUAUAUUUUCAUUAAAUAAUAAAACGAGAACAGAUUUCCUUAAACAGAAUUAUGAUAUGAAAAUAGAAGAAUGUAAUCAAAAUGAAGAUGAAAAAAGAUUAAUUAGUAAUAUAAUUAAUAAUGAAAUAUUAUCCCCUGGUUAUAUAAAAGAGUUAUUAAAAUUUUAUAAUUUUUCAAAGAUGAAAAAGAAACCUAAAACAAAUGAACAAAUAGAAGAAAUAUAUCUUAAGCCUAAAUCUAAAAAAGUUAAUCAUUAUAAGAAUAUCAGAAAAAAGAAAUAUACUGUUCAUAAAGAUAUAUGUAAAAUAAGAACUGUAUGUAAUUCUACAUGUAGAAUAAAUAGUUGUAAUUAUUGUAGUUGUAUAUUUGAUAGUAUCAAAUGUAGAUUUAUACUUAUUAGUAAAAUGAAAAAUACUAAAAAAUUGGUAUAUGAAAAACGCAUAAAUAAUAGUACUAUUUCAGUAGAAAAAAUGCAUGAAGUUAGUGAAAUUAAAAUAGAACAAAAAGAUAUAUUCAUUAAUGAUGAUCAGAAAAACUCUAAAGAUGUUCCCCCAUCAUAUAAUUUUGGAAAUUCCCAUAUUACAAAUGAAGAAAAGCCAAAUGUUAAUAAAGAAGGGGAUAUACCAAUAAGAAGUGCAAUUAAUAUUUUCAAUAAAAAUGCAAAUAAGGAAUCUAACAAAAAUAAAAAAAAUAAUAAUAAUAAUAAUAAUGAUAAAAAUGAUGAUAAAAAUGAUGGUAAAAAUAAUAAUAAAGGUAAUGAUAAAAAUAAUAAUAAAGGUAAUGAUAAAAAUAAUAAUAAAGGUAAUGAUAAAAAUAAUGAUAAAAAAAAUAAUAAAAAUAAUGAUAAAAAUAAUGAUAAAAAUAAUAAUAAAGGUAAUGAUAAAAAUAAUGAUAAAAAUAAUGAUAAAAAUAAUGAUAAAAAAAAUAAUAAAAAUAAUGAUAAAAAAAAUAAUAAAAAUAAUGAUAAAAAAAAUGGUAAAGAACAGAAUGAAGAUAGUACAGAGAGUGAUGAUGAGAGUUCUGUAAUAGAUGAUAAUUAUAUUGAAGAUGAUAGUUGUGAUUGUGACAGUGAAAGUGAUUCUAUGGAUUAUGAUACAUCAUUUAAUAGUGAAAGUAAUUAUGAUGAUAAUAGUUUUAUAGAUAUGAGUGAUAAUGAUAAUAGUCUUAAUUAUAUAAAGAAUGAUGAAACUGCUUAUAAUGCAUUAAAUAUAUUUAUGAAAGAUAUUGAUAAAAUAAAUAAGAAUAGAGAGGAAUUAAAUAAUAUUAUUUUACCCAUAAAAAAAUCACUAGAUAGUUAUGUAUUACCAAAUAUAAUAACACAAAAAGUAUUACCUCCAGUUAUUUUACCAUUAAAUAAACAAAUGACAAAUUUAUUUUAUGAAUUGAGAUAUCGAGAUUUUUUUCAUAUUGAAAAAAUUGAUUAUUAUAAAUUAUUUACAAUGCAGAAAGGUAUUUCAAAUAUAUAUAUGAAGAAAUUUUUAAUGAAUAAUGAAAAUAUGUCUUUUAAUUCUAUAACAAAUGGAAUAGAAACAUAUAAUUAUACAAAUGAAAAUAUUGUAAUAAAUCAUAAGAAUAACAAUGGAAAAAUCGAAUUAUAUAUACCUAAUUUUUGGAGAAGUAUUAAAAGUGUAAAUGAAAUAAAAUCUCUUACAGGAAAUUAUUAUGAUUUCUAUUACAAAGUAUUAGUACAUCCAAGAGGAAACUCAAAUGAUGAUAAUUAUAUGUCUGCAUAUUUAGAAGUUAUUAAACAAGAUUUUUAUCCAUCAGAAUGGGUUUUUCCAAAUGUGCAUUUUCAAUUAACAGUUCAUAAUUUUAAAAAUAGAAAGAAUUCUAUAUCAUCUGCAUCAUGUUGGUCAUUUACAAAUAAUUCUUUAUCUCGAGGAUGGCAAAAAAUGAUAAGUCAUUCAAAAAUAAAUAAAGUUUCAGGAUUCUUAGAUGAAUCAGGUGGUUUAUUAAUUAAAGGAAAAGUAGAAAUAACAUUUAAACAAUUAUGGUCAAAAAGUGUUCAAUAUAGUCCUAAAUAUAUAUGGAGUUAUAUGCCUGAAAAAUUAUAUGCACAUUUUCAACAAGAGGAUCCUUUACUUAACUUUUUAUUCAAAAAAUCGUAUUUUAAAAACAUUUUAUAUAAAAACGAGAAACAUAAUAAUUACAAUAGUAGUAGUAUUAAUGAUGUGAAAAAAAAUGAUAAUAGCAAGAGCAACAACUAUUAUAUAAACAAAAAUAGUAAUUGUGAUAAAAAUAAAAGUAUUGAUAGGAUGAAGAAGAUGAGUUAUUAUAAUAUGAACUAUUUAUAUAAUAGAUAUACAUUAGAUAUAUAUAACUAUUCUUUAUAUUGGUCUCCACAACUUGUUAAGAGUUAUUUUGGUAAUGUAGAUCAUAAGAAAAAAUGCAAUAAAUCGCUUGCUAAUAAUACAAAUAAUGUUAUCCAAAAUGAUAUGAAUAAGGAAGAAAAGGUAUUAGAUAUUAUUAGUGAUUCUUAUAGUAAUAUGCAUGUAUAUGAUUUGUUGAUUAAAAGGAAAAAUUUAAAUGAAUUGAGAAAAUUUUCUAAAGGGGGAAAUCUACAAAAUGAGCAAAAAGGAGAUGAAGAUGUAAAAAAGGAAGAGAUAAAAAAUGGAAAUAAUAAUAAUAAUGAUGAUGAAAAUGAGAACGAAGCAGAUGACAACACAGUAAGUACCACCGAUUAUCUAACCCUAGACGAUAGAAAACAUGUGUUAACAUUAACUAAUUAUAUUGUUCCCAUUGUAGAAUCAUUUCACGAUAAUGACAAUUUAACAAUCUUAGUAAAUACAUUAUACAAUAUUGAUCUUUUUAAAAUUAUAGUUUUGAAAUAUAACGGGAAUUUAUAUAAUAGGAUAUUAAUGAAAUAUAUUAAAAAAAAGAGAAAAGAAAAAAGGUAUAAAUUAGAAUAUGUUAUGAAAAAAUAUGGUAUAGAAAAACAUGAUACAAAAAAUGAAGUAAUACAAAAGAUAAAGGAAUAUAAUGAAAAUAAAAUUGAUAAUUAUGAUGAUUGUAUAAAUUGGAAAAAUACACUUAUACAAAAAUUACAAAUAAUAAGUGAAAGAAUAAAAUAUUUAUAUACAUAUAUGAAUGAUAAAAUUAAUAAUAUGAAUAAUAUUAAUCAUAAAUCAUAUUUCCAAUUAUGUAAUUCAAAUGAAAUUCCAAAUAUACAAUUUAUAAAUGUUAUAGAUAUAGAAAAAGAAGAAAUUAUUAUAAAUGGUAUAACAAGUAUUAAUAAUUAUAUUAAUUAUUUAAACGUUUGGAUACAGAAUGUUAAUGAUUGUAUAAAUUAUGUAACAAAUUGUGGAUAUAAUUUUAAUUAUUUAUGUAACCUAAAUAAAGUAAAAAUAAAUAUUAAUAAUUUAAAUAAUAAUAUUGUUGAUGUUAAUAAUAGUAUACAUAAUAUUGAAAAGGAUGAUAUAUUUAAAUCAUUAAGUUAUCCAAAGGAUCAUUCCACAACUUUUGAAGGUAUUUAUAACAAUAUGUCAGAUAAAGAAACGAGUUCAAUUCAAAACAAAGGCAAAGAAAAAUCUAAUAACAACAUCAAAAACGAUGACAACAACAAUAAUAAUGAUAAUUAUUGUGUUGGAGAUUAUUUAGAAUUUUUGGAAUAUGAUUUUAUUGACAAUCCAGAUGAAUUGAAAAGAAUUCCUUAUAGAUAUUCUAGUGAUUUUAAAUCAUUCCAUAUGUUUGAAUAUUUUAGAAAAAAUAAUAAUAACGUUAUUGUUUCUUUACAAAGAAUCUUUAUUUGUAUGCAGUUAUAUUCAUUAGUUCUUUGUGCCAAAAAAAAAAGAGAUCAUUUUGAAAAAUAUACAUCAGAUGUUAAUUUAAAUGAACUGUAUUAUAAUGAAAAGGAUAAUUUCCAUGAUAAUAUGAAUAAAUUUAAAGGAAAGAACAAUAAAUAUAAUAAAAAACAAGAAUAUUAUAAUAAAAACAAUUAUGAUUGUGGUGUAAAAAAUUCUUAUUCAUCCUCCUUGUCAACAGCUGUGGAAACAUUAACAGCUAAUGGAAUUAGAGAAGGUAAAGAUGAUGAUUUAAACAAAUUAUGUUUAAAUAAAAAGAAAUGUCAUGAUAAAGAUAAUAACGAUCAACCUCAUUAUGUUAGUACCAAUAGUUCAAAUAGUGAUGAUGAUGAUGAUGAUAAUAAGAAUGAUAAUAUGGAUGAUGAUUCGUAUUAUGACAGGAAUAGUAUUUUUGGAGAUAAUGAUGAUGAUGAUAGUUAUUUAGAUAAUUUUUCUGAUACUGAUGGGAAAAAAAACGAUCCUUCAUAUAAAUAUGACAUAGAAAAUAAUGAAGAAAUGAAAUUUUAUAAAGAUUUAGAAUUACGUAAAAAAAAUUGUUUAUAUUAUUAUAGAAAUGCCCUGUUCUAUAAUGGUUCAUCUAUGAUACCUUGUGAAGAAAAUAAAAAUUUUACUAUCCCUUUAAAAGGUAUAGAUAAUAAUGGUGCAAACCCUGAAAAUUUUGAUGAUGGUACAGAAAAUAUGUGUUCCUUUUUAAAUAUGUUUAGCAAAAAUGAUAAUUAUUUGAAUUUAUUUAAACCAUUAAUUCCAAAUAUUAAAAUUUUAUUAUUUAGUUUAAAUAAAAUUUUAUUUAAUAAACAUAGAUGUAAUGAACCCAUUAGAAAAAUACAUGAAGAGCUGUUUAAAAGAAUUGUUUGUGAUGUUGCAAGGGAUAAGAUUAAAUUGAAUAGAAAAAUUAAAAAACUGAAGAAACAGAAUAAUAAAGGUGAUAUUAUUAAUGAUUUAAUUAAUGAUUUAAAGGAAUUACGUUUUUUUGAAAAAAUAUGUUAUGAGUUGUUUAAAUUAAAAAGUAAAAAUUAUAGUGAUGAUGAAGAUAGUAAUAAUAGGAUGGAAGAAAGUGAGUAUAGUGAAAAUUCUAAUGAUUUAAGUUAUGAUGAAUUUGAUUCAAAAAUAUCAAAAUAUCCAACAAAAGUAGGAAAUGAAGGGAAAAAAUCAAAAGAUAAUAAUAAUAAUAAUAAUAAUAUGAUGGGUGAUGAUGAUAAUAAAGUGAAUAAAAAUGAAGAAGGUAACGAACAAAAUGAAAGUGCACAAAUUAAGGAAGGUAAGGAAAAGAAAUUAAGGGAUUUUAUUCAGAAGGAAGAUAUACGAAAUGAAGAUAAUGAAUCUUAUGAAUAUUACAAUGAUCAAGGUACCGAGAAUUUAGAUGAUAUGAAUUCAGAUGAAUAUAUGAUUAAUAAUAAUAAUAAUAAUAAUAAUAUAAAACGUUUAGAUGAUUCAUAUAAUAAAUUAUUGAAAAAUAAAAAUAUUAAUUCAUUAAUUUAUAAUUUAGUAAGUAAAUUAAAAAUGGAUUUUUAUAAAAAUUAUAUUAUUUGCGAUAAGGAUAUUUUUAAAACUAUUGGAAGGCUAUGUUUUAGUGAAAUACCAUAUGUAUUAUUUUUAUAUAUGGACUGUUAUAAGAGUUUAGGAAGAGGUGAUUUGGUUGAUAUACCUUUAUAUUUAGAUGUAUUUGAAGAGAAUGAAGAAAUGGAAGAUGAUAGUAAAGGUGAAAAGAAUUUAGUAUAUUCUAUAAGAAGAAAUAAUAUGAGAAACAAAGGAGAUGGAUCAUCUAAGGAAAAGAUUACUUAUCAUUUAUAUGCUCUAGUUAUAUCACAAAAUAAGAAUCCAAAUAAUAAUUUAUUUAUUCCUAGUUACAAUAAAGUGAAUGAUAUGGAAUUUAAUAUAGGAAAUGAUUGUAAUUUGAAUUCUUCAUCUUAUUUAAUUUUAAAACCACAAAUAAAUGGACCAUGGUAUCAAAUAUAUAAAAAUAGAAUAACACAAUUAAAACAAGCUACCGAUUUUAAUGAAUGGAAAUGUCAUAGAGAUUUUUAUUGUUCAUGUUGUAUAUAUGUUAGUGAUAAUUAUUUUGAAAUGCAGAACCAUUUCUUUUUGCAACAAUUUAAUAUUAAAGAUAUUAAUUUUCCUUUAUAUGUACAUACAUUAAAAGAAUUUGAAAUAGAGGAAGAAGAUAUUUUUGAAUUUGAUAGAAAUAAUAAGAAUGAUGAUAUGUAUUCAUCAUUUGUAAAUAAUGGUUUAGAAGAAAAUUAUGUUGAUGAAUUAAUAUAUGAGUUGAGAAAAUUCUCAUUAGAUAAAUCAGAAAAAAAAUUAAAUGAACAAAAGGAUGGAAAUGGUGUUCCUAAUAGUAGUAAUGAUAAACUUGUUUCAUACAUUGAAGAAAUAAAAAAUAGGUCACAUUUUAAGAAAGUUUUUGAAAAAAAUUAUCUUUAUAAACUAGUAGAUAAUAUAAAUGAAAAAUAUAAUGUAAAAUAUUAUGGUAGUGGUAAAACCAAAAUUUUAAGUAAAAAAAAAAAUGUUCCAAUGAAUAUAAAAGAAGGAACUUUCCCAUAUAUUAAAACAGAAAACGAUAUAAUAUAUAAUUGUUUACAAGCUCAUCAUCGAUUAAUGAUAAAUGUAAAAGAGGAAUUAAUUGAUGAUGUAAUAAAAGUAAAUAAUAAUAAUAAUAUAUGUUAUAAUUUUAAUAAUCAUCAUAAAUCUGCUGUAUGUAUUGUCUUAAAUAAUCAUAAUACAUUAAGAGAAAAGAGAAGACAUUUUUUUGAUUUAAAAAAUAUAAUUAAGAAUUAUGAAAAAUUUGAUAUGAACAAUUUAAAUAUAUAUAAUAGUAAUAUUAAAUCAAUGAAAUUUAGUGAUAACUUUUCUACUGGAUUAAUUAUAACAAAAAACAUGCCAUUAUUCUAUAGUAAUAUAACAUUAAAGAAUAUUAUUAAUGCGAGAAAUAAUUCUAUAAUCGAUAGUGACAAUGAAAGGAAACAUUUAAUUCAUAAAAUUGGAGAAGAUCAUUAUCAUAAUAAUAAUAAUAAUAAUAAUAAUAAUAAUAGUAAUAAUAAUAAUGUAGAAGGAAAUAUAAGUAAUGUCUAUUGUAAGAAGGAAUUAAAAGGAAUAAUAAGUUCGAAUGAAACCAAUGAUACGAAUCAUACAAAUCGUACAAAUUGCACAAAUGAAAUGAAAGAAGAAAAGGGUUUGAGUGAAAUAAGAAAUUAUGAACAAAAUGAUAAUAUUACCACAACAAAUACAAAUGACAAGAAAUUAGAUGUGGUCGAUAAUAUAUCUGAAACGAAUGAUUUGAAUUUAAUAAGAAAGAAUGGUGAUAUAAAUAAAUGUAUAGAAAAAGGAAAUGGAGGAGGAAAAGGACGUUUAAAUGUUAUGAACAAUAAUAUUCAGAAAUGUAAAAAUAAAUAUAACACAAAGAAAGAAUGUCGAAAUUUGAAUAUCUUACAUUGUAAUACAAAUAAUAUUAUAAUAAAUCGAAAUGAUAUGAAUUAUGUAAAAUAUAUUAUGCAGCUUGAGAAUUUCUUAAAAGGAAUGAAUUUUAAUAAUAAAUUUUUUUUUAAUAUGAACAAUGUAAAAGACCCAAUAAGAAGAGAUCCAUUUCAUUUAGAAAUCAAUAAUGUAUUUUAUAACUUUUUUGAAGUAAAAAUGAAUAUGAAUAAUAUUAAGAAGAAUUAUAUAAAUAAUCAAGAAAAAUCUGAAUUACAUAGUUAUUAUAUAAAGACUUGUUUAAAUAUAUUUAAAAGUUUUUUCCAUGAAUAUUUCUAUUUAAGUUUUAUUAAUAAAAUGGAAAUAAAGAAAAAGAAAAAGAACGCUUAUAAAAAUUUUUGUAUUGCAUUAUCAGAUAUAUUUUUCACCAACUUAAGUUUUAACUCAGAAGAAGAUGAUGAUAAUUUUGAACACUUACAAGGAGGUAUAGCAAUAUAUGAAUUUUAUGAAAAGAGAUUUAAAAAAUUGAAAUUAAUAUUAAAGAAAAUAUUUAUGUAUUUAAAUAUUAUAUGUAUGAUUAUAAAAUAUAUAAAACUGAAAAAAUGGAUUUUUAAUGAAAAUUUCGAUAUGCAUACGUGCAAAAUGCAUGAUACCUUUUUUUUUAAUUUUUUAUAUUUUUUUUAUAAUAAAUAUUCCAAAAAUUGUAAAAAUAAUUAUAUAAAGAAAUUAUGUCAAAAAUCUGCAGUAAAAAAAAAACAAAUUAUAAAUGUUAUUAAAAAAAAUAUGAAUACAGUUAAAGAUGAAGAUUUUUAUUUCCUGGAAUUUUAUGAUAAAUUGUUUGUAAAACGUCAACCACUUAUGCAAGAACAUUUAUCAAAUAAACUGGAUAAAUUAUUAACAUAUUGUACAUGUAUCAUAUCAACGAAUGAAACGCAAAUAAUAAAUCCAAAAAUAUACAAAAAAAAAAAAGCAUUAUUUUUUGAAAGAACACAACAUAAUAUUGAUUGUGUUUUUAGAUAUUUUUCUUCUUCAUUGCACGAUGAAAUUUUAUAUUUAAGUAAAAGAAGAAAUGAUUUUAAUGAAAGAAAAAAAUAUAAAGAACAAGAUAAAAUUGUAUCAGAAAAAGAAGAUCAAAUAUAUUCUAUAAAUGGAAAUAAUAUGAAUAAUCAAGACCGUAUGUAUUUAUAUAUUGAAGCAAAUUUUAAUUCCAUAGAAGAAACUAAUCCUAAAAGAAUGGAAUAUUUUUUAUUAAAUUUAUUAAAAAAUAAUGAAAAAAAAAGAAAAACAUGCGUUUUAUGUUAUUGCGUGCGAAGAUAUUAUAUGAACUUUUUAAAUAAGUUAGAAAAAAAAUUAACACAUGAUUUUAUUGAAAAACAAAUCAAUUUUAUAUUUGAUAAUAAUUAUUUAGAAAUAACCAAAUUAUAUAGAAGAACAAAAAAUAAUUUAUUAGAUCCAAAUUGUAAUUGUCCUAGUUUAUUUAAUUAUAUAAAUAUUGAUACUAUAGAAGCAUGUAUAAUAUAUUUACUUCAAACCAUGUGGAAAUUUUAUAUUUCUUAUAUCUUAUCGAUACCAAAUGAAUUGGAACAAUAUUAUGAAAAUGUAGCUAAAAAACAUAAAAGAAAAAAAUAUAAAAAUUCAAAGGAUGAAAAGGGUUGGAAUUUUAUUAAAUUUUUAAAAGAAGAAAAAACAAAUAAUCUAAUUAAUAAAUAUAUUUCAUUUAAUGAUGAUAGUGAUGUGAUAUCUACUAAUGAUGAAGAAAAUAUAGAUCGUUCAGAUGAUUCAGAAUCUAAUGAUGAUAAGAAAUAUUCAAAAAAAAAACAAAGCAAUUUGUUAUUAUCAAAUUUUGAUUUUGUAGAUAUAUCAUCCAUAGAAAAAUUAACUUCAGGUAACUCUAGUUCUAAAAAUUCUAAGAUAAAUAGUAAUAAUGAAAGUAUCCAUAUGGAUAAUACAAACAAUAGUAAUAGUAAUAGUAAUAAUAAUGAUAAUAAUAAUAAUAAUAAUAAUAAUAAUAAUAAUAAUAAUAAUAAUAAUAAUAAUAACAAUAAUGAUAACAAUAAUGAUAACAAUAAUGAUAACAAUAAUGAUAAUAAUUCCUUUUAUUAUUGUGCAGACGAAUUGAAUGUAAAAAAAGGAAAAAUUUUAGAUACAAACAAAAAUAUAGAAUCUAAUGACAAAUCAUAUAAAAAUCAAAAUGUUCAAUCAAAUGAACAAAGCGUCACACCAAAUCGAAAUAUCGAAGAAAAUAAAGAUCAUGAAAAGAAAUCUAAUAAUUCAUUUUAUAAUAUUAAUUUAGAUAUUUUAAAACAAGAUGACUUAUUUUAUAAAUGCACAAAUGAACAUUUAGGAAAUGCAACUGCUGUAUUAAAUAUCUUGCAAAAGAAAUUGGAAAAUGAAGAAUUAAAAAAACUCAUGAAAUUAUUCCAUUUUAGAGGUUUUACAGAAAAAAUACCAAAUGAAGAGUGUUCAAAGAAAAAAUGUAUAAAGAAUAAAAAUGUUCAUAAAAAUAAAGAUGAUGUAAUAGUAUCAUCAUCUAGAGAGAAAAAUGUAAAAACUGAUUUAUCAGAUGAUAAAAAGAAAAAAGAAGACAAUGAAAAUAAUAAUAAGAAUAAGAAUAACAUAAUUCAUAAUAGUACUAAUAAUAAUGUAUUAAAAGAAAAUGUUCACAAUAUUACACAGAAUGAAUAUAUAAAGAAUGAUUUAAAAAAUAUUCUUUCCAAAGAUAAUUUAAGGAAUGAGGAUCCAUCAGAUAUCUUAGAAAAUAAUUUAGAAAGUGUAUUCAAUGGAACACAUGUAGAUCAAAAGUUUAUAUCCAAUUUUUACGCUAAUUUAAAAAUAUUUAAAGAUUGUUUAGAUAAAAAUGAAUUAGCAAAAGGUAAUAACAGUAAAGAUAAUAACAGUAAAGAUAAUAAUAAUAAUAAUAAUAAUAAUGACAACAAUAAUAAUAAUAUGGGACAAGAAAAUGUAUUUAUGUCAACUAUUCAUAAAGUGAAUGAAACCAUGAAAAAAUACAAUAUUAAUAAUAUAAAUGAAAUAAAGAGUGUAUUAAUAAAAAAUGGUUAUGAUAUACGUAAAUGUUAUAACGGUAUCGAUUUAAUUUUUUUAUUUUUAUCAAAAAUAAAAGGUGCUAAUGUGAAUUUUAUAAGUGGAAAUAAUUUUGAAAGUAAUAAAAAUAUGUAUGAAAUUUUAUUAAGUAAUUUCAAAUCUUUAAAUUAUGAAAAGAUUGAAAAGGAAUAUUAUAGUUUAGAUUAUAUAUUAGGAAACUUUGAAUAUAUUGAUGAAAAUUAUAUAGAAGAAAGAUAUGCUUCAUUUUUUAAUUAUAUGGAUGUUAUAUUUACAACACAAAAUAUGAUAGACGAUUCGGAUAUAAUAACGCAAGAUAUAUUUAAUCCGUUUAUUGAUAUAAUGAAUAACUUAUUUUGUUAUGGUAUAGGAUUAAUAGAUAAUAAUAAUAUGAAUAAUGUGAAUAAUAUGAAUAAUAUGAAUAGUAAUAGUAAUAAUAAUAACAAAAUUAAUAGUAAUAAGAGCCAUAGUAACAACAAAAACAACAAUAACAAAAACAAAAAUAAUAACAAUAGCAAUAAUAACAGUAGCAAUAAUAACAAUAAUAAUAAUAAUAACAAUAAUAAUAAUAAUAAUGUUAAUAAAGAAAUAAUAAAACUGAAUAGUUUAUACGCCUUUUUAGAUAAUUUACACAAAUGUGUAGGUUCCUUAUUAAUUAUAGACAAAAGUUAUGAUUGUAAGAAAGAAUUAUUUUCAUUUAUACAAUAUAAUAGUUUCUUUUGGUAUAUUUUAUAUAAACAAUAUAAUAUGUUUUUAACAUAUUAUGAUAUGACUAAUCAUUGUAAUUUCUUUAAUAUAUUUUUAUUCCAUUUUUUUAAUUAUACCUUUAAUUUCCCUAUGGAUAAUUUUUUUCAAUUAGAUAAUAAGCUAUCAUUUGAAAAAGAACAAAUUGUUAAUCAUUUAUUUACCAAAUUCCCAUUUUUAAAAGAAGAAGAAAAAUCAUUAUUCCAUGUUAUUAUGAGAUUUUUAUUGCAAGAAAAAAAUCAUUUUUAUAAUUAUUAUUAUAGUAAUGAACUAUCACUUUUUAUUUUUAAUGCUAUUAUGUCCUUGAAUAAUUUUUAUUUAAAUAUGAAGGAACCUUAUAUAUUUUCUAAGGAUUAUACGAAACUGAAUGAUUAUAAUUUUGUUUUGAACAUGAAGGAAGUGUAUGACAUCAAAUCUGCUGUAGUUAAUAAGAAGAAGAAAUGUGAGGAGAGUAGUAGUAAUAAAAUAUAUAAUGUUUGUAAAAAUAGUAAUAAUAAUGAAGAGAUUAAAAGUGUUGAAAAUGAUAAGAAUGAUGAUAAUUGUUAUUUUGAUAAUUUUAUAUUAAAUAAAGAGAAUAUUUUAGAUAUAUUAGAAAAGAAAAAUGAAAAAGAAAUAUAUGAAAUAGGAAAAGUAUUUGAUUUUCAUAUUAAGAAUGAAUCAAUAUAUUUUAAGAAAAGAAUACAUAUGUUAGAUUUUGUUAUGAAUGAUUAUAAGAAGGAGAAUUUUGUAAAUUAUAGUAACUCAGAUAUUAAUAAUAAAAUAUUUUAUGUAGCUUAUAAUUAUCCAAUUAUUAAUAUUAAUAACAAAAAUAAUGAUUUAUUUAGUAUUUAUUUAAGAACAAUAUAUAAAUGUAAUGAACAUUUUAGAAAUUUGAAUCAUGUAUUUUUUAUAUAUAGUAAUUAUUUUUAUAAUUUUCAUAAUUUAUUUUUAUUUUUUAAUAAGGAUAAUGAUUUAUUUAAUUCAUUAUUUAAAUUACGUUUCAAAAUUGAUCAAGCUAAACAAAUGGAUAAUUUCCACUAUGAUCUGGAUGAUAACAAUAAUAAUAAUAAUAAUAAUAAGAAUAAGAAUAGUUAUAUCAAUAAAAAAUAUGUACAAAUAAAAAAAAAAAAUGAAAACGAGAAUAAUAUAACAUUUUCGAAUCCCAUUGGAAAUUACAAGAAUUAUGAAUAUGCUAUACAUAAUGGUAAGAGUGACAUAUUUUAUAUAUUUGAUGAUAUAGUAUAUGAUAUAACUGAAUCUGUUAAUAUGGAUUAUUAUUUUAAAGGGGAUAGGGCUUAUGUUAAUUUUGUGAAGAACAAAAUGUAUUGUGGUGAUAAUAAGGAAGAUGAUCAUAUACAAUAUAAUGAGAUAAGUACAAAUGAAGCGAAUCAAAAUAAAAGAAAACAAAAAAUUCAUAGUAGUAAUAAUAACAACAAUGUUGUUGUUAAUAAUGAUAACAUGUGUAGCAAUAAUAAUAAUUAUUAUAAUAGUAUUUAUAAUAAUGAUAAUUUGUGUUAUAAUAGAAAUUCUAUACAAUUUGACGAUUAUAUGGAUGAAACAAUACUUUCCGAAUUAAUAAAUAAUAAAGAAACUUAUGGAUUAAAUGCAGAUUCAUCUAAUUUAGGACCAUAUAAUAUGAAUAAUGUUAAAAAUAAAAAUAAUAAUAAUAAUAGUAAUAAUAAAAGAAAAAAGAAUGAGAAAAAUGAAAAGAUAGAUAAAAUAGAACAAUUUUUGCAUGAAUCCGAAUUAGAAAAGGAUAUUAUGAAUAUAACAUUUAAUGAAAAAGAAUUUUUAGGAAAAGAUUUAUCAUUUAAUUUUUAUUUCCGUUCUGUUAUGUAUUAUAACAAAGAUAUUAUAGCUAGUAAUAAUUUAGAAUAUUUGAUGAAAGAUAAAAACUUUAUUACAGGAAAUGUAGGGAAGAAAUAUUUCUUUAUAUCCUUAUUAUUUAAUAUAGAUUAUUAUAAUGUAAGAGGUAUGAAUAUAGGAAAUAAAGUAGUAUCUAAUAGGACAAUGUUUAUAAAUAAAAUAUUGAGAGAUAAUAAAGGAAAGGUCUUAAAUUUAAAGGUAUUCCAUAUAUAUAAUAUUUUUUCAAAAAUUAUUGAAUUAUAUUAUGAGAGGAAAAGAAAGGGCCAUAAUAUGAUGUCCUUAAAAAAUAGCAAAAUGGCAUCACCAAAUAGUAACAACAACAACAACAACAAUAAUAAUAAUAAUAAUAAUAAUAAUAAUAAUAGUAAAAGUAAUUUGAAGGAUGAAGAUAAUGCAAUCAACCUAUUUGAUUAUAAAACAGAUGAAGAUUUUUAUUAUAAAGUAAAAAUGAACCCAUCCUAUUUCUUCUUAUUAUAUGCUAUAAAAAAAGAUUAUGAUAAACGAAAUAAAAAUAAAUUAAUAUUUAUGAAUGUUAAUUCUGAUUUAGAAGCAUAUAUUGAAGAUAAAAAAGAUAAUAAUAUAUAUAAUAGAUUUGAUUUGAACAUAUUAUUAGUACCGAUUUCCUCUCAAAUUGUUUUAAGUAAAUUUAAUGGAAAUUUAAAUAUGUUUAAUGAUAAUGAUUAUCCAUUAAUUACAUUCAAAUAUUUAACAAGUACAUAUGAACUAAUAUGUAUAGGAAUUAUUUUAUGUUCAUCUAAAUUAUUAUUACAAGAUUAUAUUUUGAAUUGGUUUUUUCCAAAAUUAAAAGAAAGAAGAUUAGUAAAAGAUGAUGUAGAUUUAAAGAUAGAUGAUAUUUAUGUAUAUGAAGAAUCCGAAUUAUAUUGCUUAGAAAAAAUACGUAAAGUUUCUUGUAAUAUAAAAAAAUUAUUAAAAAAAUAUAGUAAUACUAUAGUAAUUCAAUUAAAGAAAACAAAUAUGAAUAAUAGUAAUAUAGAUAAAAUUAAUUUAAAAUGUGUAGAAUAUAGUAAAUUAAAUAAAUACAAUUUCUGUUCAAAAUGUAGAAAUAAUUAUAUAUGUAUAUGUGAAAAAAUAGAAAGAGAACAAUUAAGAAAAAAGGUGAGUCUCAUAAAACAAGAAGAGCAAUUAUAUAGAUAUUUUAAAAUAUACAACAACAAUAUGAAUAUUAAUAACAGCAACAAUAAUAAUAAUAAUAAUAAUAAUAAUGAUGAUGAUUUGUUAAAUAUGCUAAAUAAUGAUAAAGAAGCAAAAAAAAUAUUAGUACUUAUGGAAAAAAUGAAAGAUUUAAAAAAAGCACAAAAUAUCAAGGCACAAGAAAAAAAAAUUAAUAAAAAUAUAAAUUCAACAAAUACACAAAAUAUAGAAAAUGAUAAUAAUAAAAAAUUAGAAUCAAAAAAAGAAAAAGAAAAACUUCUUUUUAAUAUAUAUGAAACUCCAAAUUUUGUACAAGAAUUAGAAGCAAUUGAAAAUUCAUGUCGUUCAUCUAAUAGUUCCAUGUUAUCUUUAUCUAGUGAUAAUAUCUCAAGUUAUUCAUCAGAUGAUAAUUUAUUUGUUGAUGAAAUCGAUAGUGGCUCCUAUACAUUUAAUAAUAUUGUAAUACCUAAUAUGGUGUCUGUUAAAGAUGAAGAAAAUGAAACACAAGAAAAAAACAAUUCAUCAGACUUAACAAAAAGUCAGAAAGUAAAUAUUAUUAAAAAAGGUAAUGGUGUAAAAAAUGAUAUGGAAGAUAUUAUGUUAAAAGAAUUUCAUAAACUUAGUAAACAACGAAUAUCGAAUAUUUAUAAUUUACAACAAUCCGUUCAGUUGUCCCAAGAAAAUGUGAAUAAUAAUAAUAUGGUGCUUAAUUUUAUAAAAGCCCAGGAAAACAUGAAAAAUAAAAAUAUCAUAAAAGAUGCAAAAAAAGAUUCGAAGAAAAUACCCGUAGAUGUAUUAAAGGACAAAAAAGGAAAGACAAGUAACAAAGAGGAGUUAGAAAAAGAAAAGGAAAAAGAGGAACAUAAGCUAAAGGAGCAGCAAACUGUUCAAGAGGAUCAAAAAGUAAAGGAUAAUCAAAAAGUAAAGGAUAAUCAAAAAGUUAAGGAUAAUCAAAAAGUAAAGGAUAAUCAAAAUGUUAAGGAUAAUCAAAAUGUUAAGGAUAAUCAAAAGGUAAAGGAAGACAACAAAUUAUAUAAUGACAAUAUUGAAAAAACCAAAACUGAUAAAGAAGAACUUAUGCAAAUUAAUGAAAAUACAAAACAGAGUAAUAUCAAAAUUGUUUCAUUAACUAAAUCACAGGGAUCUCUUACGGAUAAUAAAAAAACAAAUGUAGAUAGCGAAAAGCAACUUACUGUUAAUAAAAGUGUACCAAAGAUAGAAAACAAAAAAACAGAACCUGCUGUGGAUGUAAAAGGAAAAGUAGAGAAGUCUAAAUUAUCAAAGGAUAAGAGUGUAAUAGUACCUGAGGUAAAAAAAGAAAUAAUUAAUAAUUCUGUCAUUAUGAACAAUGAUGGAUCAAAUAAUGAGAAUAAGAAUAAAGAGAAUAAAAAUAAAUCUUCUGAAAAGAAUAAGGCGAAGGAUAACAAUAAUAAUAAGAAGGAUAAUAAUAACAAUAAUAAUAAUAACAAUAAUAAUAAUAAUAAUAACAACAACAACAACAAUAAUAAUAACAACCUUAGUAACAAUGGCGAGGAAGAUCCUAAUGAUAGUGAUAGCGAUAAAGAUAAAAAGAAAAAAAAUAAAAAGAAAGAUAACAAAAAUAUAAAUGACAAUAGCGAUGAUAAUAACAAAAAUAAGAAGAAACUCAAGAACAAUAUUAAAAACUCUGAUGAUAUUAUAAAUAAUUAUUUUUCCAAAAAUGUUAUUGAAUAUAUUGAAAAAAAUGAUAAACUAGAAAAUAUUGCAACAUAUAUAUAUAACGAAUUAAUAGAAAUAACGAAAAAGAAAAUAAAAAAAAAUGUUAUACGUUUAGAUAAUUUAUCAGCAGAUAAUUAUUUAACUAUAGGAGAAGAAUUCUUAAAUGUUAUGAAAGAGAUAUUAUUAAAAAUAUAUUACAAAUAUAAUGAGGAUGAUUACAGAAAACAUUACUUAAGGAUGAAUAAUAAUGAAAAUGAAAAUGACAAUGCUAAUAAUAAUAAUAAUAAUAAUAAUAAAAUAUCUUUAAAAAAAAAAUCAGAAACAGAUGCAUCAAAUAAAAUUGUAGAGAGUAAUGAUAAUGUAGAUGGAAAAUUAGAAAAUGAAUAUAAUGAGGAAGAAACAUACAUGAAUAAAUUAAAUUUAUGUGAUGAUGAACAUGUAAUCAAAUUUUUAAAUCUUAUAAAAAGAAAACUUAUAUAUAAAAUAUUAUUCCCAGAUAUUCAAAUUGAUACAAAAAGUAAAGGAAGAAAUAAAAAGAACGUGAAAAAGAAAAAACAAGUAGAUAUAAAAUAUGUAUAUGAUAUAUUUAAGAGGGAAUAUAUUUUUUAUGAUAAAAUAUUAAUUAUGAUUCAACAUAUAUUAGAUAUAAAUAUAAGAACAAAUAUAUUUUUAUUUGUAUAUUUAUUUGCUGGUAAAUUAAUAUCAUUUGUUGAUUUUGAUUAUAUAUUAAAUAAUACAAUUUUUUAUAAUGAUUAUGUAUAUUAUAAUAAGGUUGCUUUUGAAGAUACAUUUUUUCAAGAAGAAUCAUUAGAAGAAUCUAAUAAAAAAUAUUAUAAUAUGAAUGAUUCUAUAAAUAUGCCUCCCCCGGUUUCUCCUACUACUACUACUACUACUAAUAAUAAUAAUAAUAAUAAUAAUAAUAGUAAUAAUAAUAAUAAUAAUAGUAAUAAUAAUAGUAAUAAUUAUGGUAAAGGGGAAGUAAAAGGUUUACGUACAUCUUCUGAACAGUUACUAAAUAGUUUAAACAAUGAAGGUAAUAAUAACAAACUAAAAGAAGAUAAUGUAAUGAUUAACGAAGAGAAUAAUGUGAAUGAAGAUAUGGAAAAGAAGAAAAAAAAGAAAAGUAUAGAAGAAGAAGGUUCAGGUGAUGAUGUUUUAAUAAAUGUAAAUAUGAGCAAAAUAAUAUAUAUAUUAAUUUUAAUUAGUAAUAAAAGAAUAAUGAAAGAAUUAAUUGAAGAAAAAUAUCGUGAGGAAUUAAAUGAAUAUUAUUAUUUUGAAAUGAAUAAAAAAUAUUAUGAUAUUUUAUGUAAUGAAUAUAAUAAGAUAUUAAAUGAAAAUUAUGCUAAAGAUUUAAGUGAACAUUAUGUAAAAGAUGAAUUAUUUUUUGAAAGUUUAAAUAUUAAAGAAUUAUUAAAUAAUAAAGAAUCUAUAUCUACAUUAACAGAUACAAAUAAAUAUAUAAAAGAUGAAAAUAAGAAAUUAAACAAAACACAUGUAGAUGAUAAUGAAUUUAUAAUAAGUGAAUAUGAAUUUAUGAAUGAAAAAAAUAUAAAUAAAUAUAUUAAUAUACAUAAUAUUAUUAAAUUCAAAUUAAAUUUUAAAAUAGCUAUAAAGAAAAUUAAUAUAUUACAAGAUAAAAUCUUUAUUAAUAAUAAUGAUAAUAUAAGUUCAGGUACUUCAUUUUAUUCUUUAAUAUUUAAAUAUAAUAGUAACUUAAUUAAUACUCUACAUACAGAUAUUAUGAAAACAACACAGAAUAAUAAUAUGUCCAUUCCUAAUAUGACCAAUUAUAAUAAUUAUUUACAAGUUAAUAAAAAAGAUAUAGAUAAACUAAAAGGAAUUUAUAAUAAAUAUGUUGUAUUGAAUAACAAACCAAAUGUAUUGAAAGAUAUGUAUAUAUUAAACUCAGAAAUUAAUACACUCUUGUCAGUUGUGUACAACGAUAUUAAUUAUAAUAAUAUGAUGAAUAACACGUAUAAUAAUAUAUUAGGUGAUACACAUAUAUCUGCACAAAAUGGAGGAUAUCUAAGAGCAGGUAGUAAUAAUUUAAGUAAUAAUAAAAUGAAUAUUCAAGGAGGAAAUCAUAUAAAUGUGAAACGUGUUUUAACAAAUAAUCUUAAUAUGAAUAAUAUGAAUAAUAACAAUAAUAACAAUAAUAACAAUAAUAACAACAACAACAAUAAUAAUAAUAAUAAUAAUAAUAAUAAUAAUAUAUAUAUAAAUGAAGGUGGUACAAUAAAUAUGAAAGAUUUAAAAUUAAAUCUAUCCAAAGUAAUUGGAACCAACCCAGAUAUUCAAAAUGAAAUCAAUAAUAACACUAAUCAUGAUAAAAAGAGUAUAUUAAAAAAUUCAAGUACAUAUUCUUCUAUAUACGAUAAUAAUACACCUACAAUUAUUAAUAAAAAUAAUCAUAAUUUAAAAACAAGUGUAGGAUUAAAUUCACCCACCUCAAAUAGAAAUAAAAAAAGUGUUACGACCUUUGAUUCAAAAUUAACAUUAUCAGCAUCUUACAAUUCAAAUGAAAUAAAUAAUAUGAAUGAAGAUUCUAAAUUAAGAAGAUUAAGUGAUCAACCCUUAAGUGCAAAAAGCGCAAAGAUUGUAACCCCCCCUGGAAAUAAUAUGAAUAACAAUACAAAUAAUGUAAUUAACAAUACAAAUAAUGUGAUUAACAAUACAAAUAAUAUUAUUAAUAAUACAAAUAAUGUUAUUAAUAAUAAUGUUGCUACGAACAAAUAUAUUAAAAAGAGCAAAUUCAAAAGAGUAUAUAAUAAGGAUAUUCCAUAUAUAUGUAAUGAAGGGAAAACUUGGAUGGUUAUUUAUAAACCUGCAUAUUAUCAUUGCUCAGCUUAUACUUCUCAUAAUAGGUAUAAUUUCUUAGUAAAUAUUAAUAAAUAUAGUGAUUAUUUUUAUAAUAUCUUAGAAAAAAUAUGUAUGAAAUGUAAAAUAAAAACAAAGUUUAUGUGUAUUACUUGUAAAGAUAUGGAAAAUAUUUGUAGUAAAUGUGAAAAUAUUGUCUCUAAAUUUUGUAAGAAAUGUAAUCUUUUAAUAAAAAAAAAUAGAGAUGUAUUAAAAAUUAUUAAUAGUAUAUCUUUAAAUGAUGUUGUCUUUAGUGGUCGAGUAGAAUCAUUUCAUUUAUUCAUGAUGAAAUCAUUCCCUCAUUUAGAAACUGUAAAAAAAUGGCAUAAAUUAGAAUGUGGUUUAUGCCAUAGAAUAGAUCUAGAAACGUCAGGAAGUUUAAUAAUAGCUAAAACUAAAGAAGCUAGAGAAUUUUUAUUUGAUCAAUUUCGUAAAAGAAAUGUAUAUAAAGAAUAUAUUUUAUUAUGUCAUGGUAGAAUUAAAAAGAAAAAAGGUUUUAUUAAUAAAUCGAUACAAACGCAUGAAUAUAAUAAUUUUCAUAGUAAGAGCCAUUUUAGUUUAGUUGUGAAAACAGGGGGAACAGAUGCAUAUACCGAAUAUAAUUGUGUUAAAGUAUAUAAAUUAAAAAGAAAAAUUGAAGAUAUUAUUCAAGAAGUACAAGAUGGAAAAUAUAAUUGUAAUAGUACAAUCAAAAAGGAUAUUAAUAAAGAAAUAUAUUGUAAUGAUUAUUAUAAAUUUUUAAACAAUAACAAGAAAAAUGUAAAUAUAAUACAACGUUAUGUAAUCAUAACUAAUAUUUUAUCAAAUCAUGAUAAUAUAACCAAGAAAAAUGAUACUUCAAACAAUCUUAUGACACAAGUAGAUUAUUCUUCAUUCGUUCAAAGAAAAAAUUCUCAUAUUAUAACAAACUAUUUUUCAGAUUCACAAAUAUUAGAAGAUAAGAAAAAAAUUAAAAAAAAAAUAAGUACGCAUAAUAAUAAAACAUCAAAUAUUAAAGGAAUUAAUCAUAUCUUGCAUGAUGAUACACAUUAUAAUUUAAAUGGUAAUAUUAUUAAUUCGAGAGGUAGUUAUAUUAGUAAAAAUGAUUUUACAAAUAAUAUUAAUAAUAUUAAUAAUAAUAAUAAUAUGAAUAAUAUGAAUAAUAGUACGUUGGGUAUAUAUACUUCAGGAGCACCAUCUAUUAAGAAAGAAGUUUGUCAUCAUUUAUGCUUUAGAUGUAAUUCUAUAUCAGAGGAUUAUUUCUUAACAGAUCCGAAAGAGAUUGAGAAUUAUACAAAAGAAUUUACUUUAUGUAAUGUAAAAAUCCAUACAGGUAGAACCCAUCAAAUUAGGGUCCAUAUGAGGCAUAUAGGUCAUCCAUUAGUUUCUGAUAAAAAAUAUUUGAAUCCAUCUUUAAGUAAUUUAGAUAAAUUCUGGUGUUUCCGUAUGUUUCUUCAUUCCCUUAUAUUAGAAUUUAACAACCCAGAUUAUUAUUUCUUUAAUUUAAAUGAUGAUAUGAAAAAAAAAAAAAAAAUGUAUUCAAGUAAUCUAUAUAGAAUGCCUGAUAGAACAGUUAAAGCAAUAUGUCCAUUAGCAGGUGAUUUACAAACAGUUCUAGAUAAUGAAUUAGAAGUAUCUGAAAGUUUAGAGGAUGAAAAUAGUUAUAUUAAUAGAAUAUUGAAAAUGAAUAUUAAUGACAAAAGAAAUGAAGCUAUGAAAAAUGCAAGACCAAUUAUUGAAGAUGAUAAAUUUGUAAAACAUGCAAGUAUGGAUAGUAGUAAGAUCAUACAUUCAGCUCGUGAAGAAACUAAUGAUAAAGAAAAAAUUUCUACACAAGCCAAAGUUCUAGAAGUAGGAAAGAAAUUAACUACAAAGGACGAAGACAUAUUAUAUCCAAAGAAGACAGACGUUAUUCAACAUGGUGAUGAAGAAGAUGAUGAUGAAGAGGAUGAAGAAGAGGAAGAGGAAGAGGAGGAAGAGGAAGAAGAUGAAGAAGACGUAGAAGAUAUAGAAGAUAUAAAAGAUAAUUAUGUUGAUGAUGAUCAAUAUGAAGAUAAUUAUGAUGAUGAUAAUGAUAAUGAUGAUGAUAAUGAUGAUGAUGAAUAUGAUCAUGAUUAUGAUGAUGAUGAAUAUGCUGAUAUUUAUGAUGAACAUAUAAAUGAAGAACAAGAAGAAGAUGAUGAUAAAAAAAACAAUGUGAAUAUUAUUGAUUAUUAUGAAGAAGGAGAAGAAGAAGGAGACGGAAAAUUAAAUACCAAAAUAAAGAAAGAUAAAAAAUUCACAGAAAAUAAUAUUAGUGUUGUUGAAGAAAAAGUAAAAUCUAUAGAUAUAAAUAAAGAAGAAGAUUUUCCAGAUUUAUUGUCAAAUAGUAAAAAGAAAAGCCAUAAAGAUAAAAGGAAUGCUUCAAAAAAUAAAAAUAAGAAUAAAGAGAUUUUAAAAAAUAAUGAAAAUAAUAUAAAUGAUGAAUUGAAAAAAAAAAGUUCUAAUGUGAUCACAAAAAAUAAUAAAGAACAAAAUGAAAUAAUAGAGAAUAAAAAUGAAAUAAUAGAUAAUAAAAAUGAAAUAAUAGAUAAUAAAAAUGAAAUAAUAGAUAAUAAAAAUGAACAUAUAGAUAAUAAAAAUAAACAUAUAGAUAAUAAAAAUGAAAUAAUAAAUAAUAAAAAUGAACAUAUAGAUAAUAAAAAUGAACAUAUAGAUAAUAAGAAUUUAUUAAAUGGUUCUUUAGAUGAAUAUAAUAAUUUUAAAGAAAAGAAUUUAUUAUCAAAAGAAAAUUUAAAAAUAAAUGAUACUACUACUAUUAUUACUACUAGUGUAGAAAUACCUAAUGAUGAACAUAUAAAAAAAAUAUUAUUAAAAAAACCAACAAAUAAAAUUUUACGUAAAUUAAAUUAUGAUGACUUCUUUACAAAUAAAAAGAAAAAGGAUAUGAAUAAAGAAAAUAUGAAAAAAACAGAUGAAGAAAAAAUAAAAGAAGAAAUAAAACAAACACAAGAUGAAGAAGAUACUUAUCUCGAUUUAAUAGAUAAUGAAAUUAAAAAAAGAUUAAGAACCAAUUUUAAUUUAUUAGUAAAAGAAGCAAAAAUAGUUAUUAAUAAUAUUAUAAGAAACAGUUUUGUUUUUAAAAUUUUAUUUUAUUUUUUUAAAUUAAAAAAAACAUUAUUAUAUUUAUUAAAAUGUUUUGGUAUAGAACAAAUUAGAAAAGAAAAAAAGGUUUAUGUAGAAAUGAAUAUAUUAGAUGAAUUUGUUAACAAUAUGAAUGAAAAUAAGGAAAAUAUGCCUAUAGAUUUCUUAUAUGAAUUAAUACAUAGUAUAACAUAUUUUUAUAAAAAUAUGCAUGUAAAAAAAACCAGAAAAAAGAAAGAAAUAAUAAUAUAUACAUUGAAAAAGCAUUUAAAAAAUAUUAAAAGUAAUUCAAAUAUUUCUAGAACAAAAAGAAGCUUGAUUUUUCAACGAUUUUAUAAUAUUUUAUUUAAUUUGAAUUAUGCUUUAAAUAAAUAUGGUUUAAAAACAAAUGAAAAUUUAAAAAAUCAAAUAAUGAAGAAAAGUAAAAAUGUAUAUUUAAAAAUUACAAAUGUGUUUACUAUCAUAAUGAAUAUAUUAAAUUCGAAAGUAUAUAUGAAAGAUAUACAUAUUAAAAAUCUAAUGGAAAAUAAAGCAGUGUUUUCUUUAAAUACUAUAGAACAGUUUUUAUUACUACACAAAAUAAAUAAUGAAAAGGGAGGAGAAGGCACAAAUAAUGAUAAGGAAAAGAAAAGACAAACGAAAGUAAGUAAUACUCAAGGAUAUGAUAAAGAUAAUAUAAAUAAUAAAGAAAAGGGAACAAAUAAAAAUGAGGAACAACAACAACAAGAAGCAGAAGGAGGAGAAGAAGAAGAAGAAGAAGAAGAAUGUAAUUAUUUAAUUGAACAAAUUAAUAAAAUAUUUUUUAAGGUAGAUAAAAAUAAUGAACAUAUGCUAAAUGGAGUACUCCUUGAAAAUCAUGAUGAUUAUUUGGAUGAAGAAGGAAAAGUUUCUAAGAAAAAAAUGAAAAAGAAAAAAUCAUUAAAUAAUAAAGAACACGAAAAGGAUAAUGAAGAUGAUGAUGACGAUGAUGAUGACGACGAUGAUGAAGAUGACGAUGAUGAUGAUGAAGAUGACGACGAUGAUGAUGAUGAUGAUGACGACUAUGACGACGACGAUGAAGACUAUGAUGAAAAACAUGUAGAGAAUAAAAAGAAUGAACGCUCCAAUAUUAUAAUGUCUAAAGAAAAUAUGAACAAAUUAAAUAUGCAACAAAAAAAAAACACGAAUAAUCGUAGUAGUAGCAGUAAUACUAUAGAUAUGAAGAAAAAAAUAUAUGAAAAGAAUUGUAUGAAAGAAAAGGAAUAUCGUACGCAUGACCUGAUAACAAAUGAUUCUAUUAUUUAUAAGAAUAACGAAAUAUAUGAUAAAGAAAAAUAUCGUAGAAAUCAAGAAAAUAUAAAUCAUAUGUCAUCUAAUUAUAUGAAUAAAAAUAUAAAUUAUCAUCAUGAAUAUGAUAAUAUGAAGAAAAAGAAUUAUAGUAAUAAUAACAUAUAUAAUAAUAAUAGUAGUAAUAAAGUGUCUGUGGAUGAAGAGAAGAGAAAAAAUUUAGAUAACAAUACAUAUCCUUAUCCUAUGUAUGAAAAUGUAAAAGAAAUAGAAAAAAAUAAAGUACAACAAAAUUUAUUUCAUAUAAGUAAAGAAAAUAAUAAUAAUAAUAAUGAUACUACGAAUAACAAUUCAGUGUAUGAUUAUAAUAUGAGUAAUUCAAAUUAUGGGAGUAAAAUGGGAAGUAAUAAUAUAAAUGAUUCGACCAAUUAUUACAAUAUGAGAGAAAAGAAUAUAUAUAAUAUAUUAUGUAAUAAUGAUAGUAAUAAUUAUGUUCUAUUUAAUAGUAAUGAAAAAUAUUCUAUGAAUAAUAAGAUUAGUAAUUCAAUAUUGAGUAAUAUGAUAAUGAAUAAACAAGAUAAUAAUAAUGUAAAUAUUAAUCAAAAUAAUAAUAAUAUAAAUAUUAAUCAAAAUAAUAAUAAUAUAAAUAUUAAUCAAAAUAAUAAUAAUAAUAGUUAUAAUAAUAUGAAUGAAGGAGGAAGCGAAACAUUAUAUAGCAGCUUUACUAAAGAAAUUGAAAGGUUAAAAAAGGAAGUUAGGAAAUGUGAAGAAAGUUAUGAUAAAGAAAUGCUAGAAAUUCAAAAUACAAAGAAAGAAAUAAAAUAUUUAAGAGAAAAUAAUAAAAAUGAUGAAUUAAAUAAUAUAUUUUCAGAAUUAAAUUUAGAGAAUAUUUCGAAAUAUUUAUUAAGUGCAUAUGAAAAAUAUGGUUUGAAUAUAUUUAUAAAAGUUUUAGUUUAUAAAAAUGAUUUAGGACAUAUAAAUGAUCAUAAUAAAAAACAGGAUGAUGUUAAUAUGGAAUUUUUUAUUAAUAUAUCUGUUGAUAAAAUAUUUGAUUAUUUAUUAUUAAAAAAAAAUAUUAUAACUAUGGUUAAUAUUAAAAAAUUAAAAGAAAAAUUUAUACAAGGUCAAAAAAUUUAUGAAUUAGUAAAAAAUGAAACGAAUAAAAUGAUUAUAGAAAAUAUCAAAGAAUAUAAUUUUAUAUUUAUAUUAUGGAAACAUAAUAAUAUGAAUGAUUUAUAUGAAAGGAAACAAGUCAUAUUUAAUUUCUUAAUAAAAAUUAUUGAUAAAAUUAUACCGAAGUAUAUUAUUAAUGAAUAUAUUAUAAUACGUAAAAAUGAAAUAUAUGAAAUAAUGAUAAAUUCUUUAAAUAAAAAAAAUGAAUAUGAAAAAAAAAAUAAAGACAUUUCUUCAUCACAAUAUUUAGAAAAAGAAAAUACAUAUAAUAAUUUAUAUAAAAAAAUCAAAGAUGAAAAAAGGAUAGUUGAUAAUUAUUCCAUUGAAAUGCAUGGAGAAAAAAAUAUCACAAACCCAAUAUAUAUGUCCCAACGAGAAGAUAAUAGUACUGCAAAUAGUAAAAAGAAUUGUAGUAACACGAAUCAUAUCAUGAGCAUCAACCAUAACAACAUGAACAAUACAAAAAACACAAACAACCACAACAAUAAUAAUAAUAAUAAUUAUGCUGUGAAUCAUACUGCUCAUUCUACUAGUUUCUAUUAUUCACAUAAUGAAAAACCAAGUAAUGUUAAUACGGAUAAUCAAAAAGAAAUAAAGGAUGAUAAUGUUCACAUGAAAUUUCAGUCACUUCCAGAAAACAUAAGGAUUGGUGUUUUUAAAAAUGAUGUAAAUAAAUUUUAUGAGAUAUAUAAAAUGAUGAAUGCAGGAAAUGAUUUAAAUAGUUUGAUGUCUAAAAAUUCGGGGCAUAUCAAAAAUAAAGUAAAUAACGAACCUUAUUCUAAUAAUUAUAAGAGAAAUACUUUUAGUACGAAUGAUAUAAAUUUUGCUGCAUCAGCACAACAAUCUUUUAUGAACAAAAAUGUUAUAAAUAGUAUGAAUAAUAAUAUGAUGAACAGUAAUAUGGUAAGCAACAAUAAUAUGGUGAGCAACAGUAAUAUGGUGAGCAACAGUAAUAUGGUGAGCAACAAUAAUAUGGUGAGCAACAGUAAUAUGAUAAGCAGCAAUAAUAUUAUAAGCAACAAUAUGAUGAACCACAUUAUGAUGAACAACAAAAUGAAUAGUAGUAAUGUUCAUAUAGAUACCGAAAAAACAAGGACCAUGCAUAAUUUACAAGAAAAAGAUCAAUUUUUAAAUCUUCAAAAAAAUGGCUCCCAUAUAUAUUUAAGAAAUACAAAAGAUUCUAAAAACAGUGAUGUAUUUACAUUUAAAAAUAAUGUUAGAUCUCCAUCACAACAUAUAACAUUGAAUGAAGGAAAAGAAAAUGGUGUUGAUAUGAAAAAGAAAAUUGAACAAGAGGAAGAUAAAAAAAAAAUAAUAAAUAACAAUAACAAUAAUAUGAACAAUAAUAAUAACAUGAACAAUAAUAAUAACAUGUACAAUAAUAAUAAUAUGAACAAUAAUAAUAAUAUGAACAAUAAUAAUAAUAUGAACAAUAAUAAUAAUAUGAAUGAUGAGGAUCUAAUAAAAAAGGAAAUAAAUAUGAAUACGAAUGAUUAUGAAGAAAAUGAAAAAAGGUCUUCACAGAAUAAAAUAAACUAUUUUGAUAAUAUUAUUAACAAUUCUUAUAUUAAUAAUAAAAUGAACAAUUUAAUGAUAGAAAAAAAAGAAGAAUUAAAUAAUGAUAUGAUAAAUACAUUUAUAGAUAAAAGAGAAAUAAACAUACAAACAGAAAAAGUUAAAGAACAAAAUAUAAAAGAACUAUAUGAAGUAAAAGAAACAAACAAUAACAAAGGUAUUAUUCAUAUGUAUUAUGAUAAUGAAAAGGAUAUAAAUAAUAUCGCAAGCGGUAGUGGAAAUAGACAUAAUAAUAAUAAUAAUAUAGAGAGGGAUAAAAAUAAUACGAAUAAUAUAAAUAAUAAUAUUCAAACGAAUAAAACAUCAAACAAUUUUGUUAAAAGUUUUAAAAAUACCAUAUCUGAAAUGUUUUAUAAAAAAAAAUUAAAUAAAAAUAUAGAAAUAAAAGAUGAACCGAACCAAAAUAAUGAUACUAUGAUAUAUAAUAAUUUACAAGAUAUAUCAAAGAAAGUUGAUGAAUAUAAUGAAAAUAAGAAUUAUAGCCAUAACAUUGUUCAUAAUAAUGCUCUGAAAUCAAAUCAGUUGGAUAAUGAAGAGAAAAAAAAAAUUGAAAUACCUCACAAUAAUAAUAAUAAUAAUAAAAAUGAGCGUAAAGAUUUAUUGAACAAUCCUAUGAGUUUAAAUAUACAAAAUGCACAAAAUGUACAAAACACCAAUCGAUCUCAUGAAUAUCUAAUCAAUAGUAAUAUUUCCUUACCUAAUUUUGUGGAUGAAAAUACAUGUUCGAAUUUAAAAGAAAAACAAUUUGAAAGUUUUGAGAAAAAUCAAAUGGAUAUGACUAAUCCAAAUAUGAUGAUGUUUAAUAUAAUGUUAGGUAAUAACUUAGAUGGUAUUAUUCCUAAUUAUAUGGAAGAAAAACAUAAUAAAAAUAUGAACAAUAAAAAUGUGAACAAUAAAAAUGUGAACAAUAAAAAUGUGAACAAUAAAAAUGUGAACAAUAAAAAUAGUGUUAGUUUAAGUAGCAGUAUGAUAAAUAACGGAAAUGCAAAUAAUAGUCGAAUGCAUACAAAAACUAUAAAUAAUAAUAGUAGUACUUGUGUUCCUAAUAUAAAAUAUCCUAACUUUUUUAUUAAUAAAAAUAAUAUUCCAUAUACUAAUGAAAAUAACAAAAGUUUGAGUGAAUCAAACUUAAUGAAUUUAGUAUGUGAAUUAAAUAAUAUGGAGAAAGUAGAAAAUCUAUCAAUGCAAAAUAAUUUAAAUAAUAUUAAUAAUAAAAGAAGUUCUUUAUCACAAAUGAAUUUAUUAAAUAUGGAAAAUACAAAAGGAAACGAACAACAUAUGAGAACUGAUCUUCAUCAUAAUAUAAAUAAUAAUAUAUUCCUUUCAAAUAAUUUAUGUGAUAAUAAAAUAGUAAAUCAAAUGUUUUUAAAAAAAUAUUAUAAUUCAAACUUUGUACAUUAUGAUGAGCAAAAUGAAGAAAAAAAUAAAUUAGUAACUAUUCCACGGCAUAACACCACAACUACCAACAAUAAUAAUGAUAAUAAUAACAAUAGUAGUAAUAAUAUUGGUAGCAAUAAUAUUGGUAGCAAUAAUAUUGGUAGUAAUAAUAUUGGUAGUAAUAAUAUUGGUAGUAAUAAUAUUGGUAGUAAUAAUAAUAUGCACCUUUUUUAUAAUUUUAAUGGUAAUACAUCAUCAGAUAUAAAUAAUUCAUAUUGUCAACAAAAAAAAAUUAUGAGCAGCAGUGUUAUUAUGAAUAACAAAGAAAACAAUAAUUUACAUUUUUUAAAUAAUACAUAUGAUAUAAAUGGGUCAUACGCUACUAGUAGUAUAAUAAAUAACAAUAUGAAUAGAAAUAAUAGUAUUAGUGUGAACUCAAAUUAUUUAAAUAAAACGUUUAGUAUCAUGGACCCGAGAAAAAACAUAAACGAAUAUGAAGAGAAACAAAAAAUCCUUAUGAAUCGAAUAAAACAACAAAAUAUAAGUAAUACAGGUGAUAAUACGAAGAAUAGUAGCAAUAUAAGAAGUAGUAGUAAUAUAAGAAGUAGUAGUAAUAUAAAAAGUAGUAGUAAUAUAAAAAGUAGUAGUAAUAUAAAUGCAAAUAAUAAUAUAUUAUAUCAAUUAAUAGAUGAGAACAUUUUAAAAAAUACAUUAUCAAAUAAUAAUCCUUUUAAUGAAAUAAAGAAUAACACUCAAAAAACGAAUAUCGAUUUCGGUUUAAAUCAAUUAUCUAUGUACAUGCAAAAUAAUGUUACAUCUAAUUUAAAAAAUAAUACUAUAACAAAUGAAACCCAUAAUAACAAUGAUAAUAUGAAGACUAAUCAUAAUAAUAACAAUAAUAAUAAUAAUAAUGAUAGUAGUGGUUAUCCAAUAAAUUAUCUUAUUUUUCAACAAAAUCAAAACCAUUCAGAUACAAAUAAUAACAAUAAUAAUAAUAAUAAUAAUAAUAUAUACUAA